UCGGGCCCGUGGUGAAGUGGGGGCCUUCCGGUGCCCUCCCGUUCCCGGGCAUGAGGCGGGCGCGCCUGAGCUCGGAACUGCCGCUGAGCUGGGGAGAUGAGAAAAGGGCUGUGAGUCUAAUGAGAAUGUGUUAAGAGCUGCAUGAUUGACCUAAGGAGGCCUGCACUGUGAAACGGAGGCAACCACCUUGAGGCUGGGGCAAGGGGUGUUUUCUUUUUCGGCUUGCUGUAGAUGAACAUCUGCAAUAAACCACCUAAUAAGACAGCUCCAGAGAAGACGAGUGAUGAAGCAGCUCCUGAGCUCCAAUCCCAGCAUGCCCGGAGAAACGGCUGGAGCUGGCCUCCCCAUCCCUUCCAGUUUAUUGCCUGGCUGCUCUACCUCUUCUUUGCCCUCAUCGGCUUUGGCAUCCUUGUGCCGCUCCUGCCUGUUCACUGGGUCCCUGCUGGGUAUAUUUGUCCAGGAGUAUUUUUUCUCUGCCAUCUAAUAGUUCAUCUUACAGCAGUUUCCAUCGACCCAGCCGAUGACAGCGUGCGGGAGAAGAAUUACCAGGGGCCUCUCGCCAUGUUCAAUCGCAGCCAACAUGCUCAUGUCAUCGAGAACCGCCACUGUCACAUCUGUGAUGUGAAUGUGAGCUCCAGAUCAAAGCAUUGUGGGACCUGCAACAAGUGUGUGUGUGGAUUUGAUCACCACUGCAUGUGGCUCAACAACUGCGUAGGGGAGAGGAACUACUGGCUCUUUUUAAACAGUGUGAUAUCAGCCAUCCUAGGCCUUCUCCUUCUCCUGCUUGUCGCUUUCUACGUCUUUGUGGAGUUUUUCCUUAACCCCAUGAAGUUGCGCACCGACCAGCACUUCGAAGGUUUAAAGAACCAGACGGACGUGUGGUUUGUGUUCCUCCCUGCCGCUCCUGUUGAGACCCAGGCGCCUGCCAUUUUGGCGCUGGCCGGUAUCCUGAUCCUCUUGGGGCUGCUGACUCUGUUCUUGCUGGGACACCUUCUGAUCUUCCACAUUUAUCUCAUUUGGCACCGAAUGACUACCUAUGAAUACAUCGUGCAGCAGCGCCCACCCCAGGAGAUGAAGGAGCCUGUCAAGCAGCUGGAAUCCUGCCCUCCCCAAGUGAGGCGCAUUCAGGAAAUGCAGUUCUAUGCAGGAAGUCUUGGAUAUACCAACCCUGAAGUUCAGGGCACAAAUUCAGGAUUAGCCUCGGGGAAAGACCUACCAAGGUUCUGCAUGCGCAACGAUGGCUCGGACUCCAAGCUCAUCCUGUCCCCAGAAGUUUCAGAGAUGCAAGUCGGAAUCCCACCACAGAAGAAGAAGAAAAAGAGGAAGAGGCACAAAGAUCACUCUUCUCUGGCAGGGGAACGGUCCAAGGAGAUGAUUGCCCCCUGGUCUUCUCUUCCAGUUUUACAGCAAGAACUGACAGUAAUGGCUGCCUCCUCCUCGGCCUCCUCAUCCUCCAGCCUUCGCCUCCCCAUCCCAGCUUUCCCACCCCAAAUGGCCACGCCCACCGGCAGCGGCGGUCUGGUCCAGGCUGCGGGCCCUCCAGCCGAAUACCAUUCCGAGUCGGCCGAGUCCAUGGACGAGAUCCCCGUGGCCCAGACGCGCCUGGGGAGCAGUGCCCUGAACGGAGCUUCCAAGAGCCACCUGGGCGCCGCUCGGCACCUCCCAUUCCCCACAGCCCCUUCCCAAGAGGGAGAAGAGAAGCUCCAGAACGCUGGGCACAAAGUCAGAAGGAAGAACUGUCUACCGUCUGUGCCGCCGCAGGAGGAAGAGCUGGAACUGUCCUUGAAGGUCUCCACCGUGUUUGUUAGCACAAGCAGUGGGGAGCCGCCUGUCCCCAGCUCCUCCUGGUCCGGCGAAUCCUCCGAACCCCCUCACAGAAAAUGCUCGAGCAAGCGGCAUGAGGACGACCCGGACUUCCACAUAUGGGACACGACCACCAGUACAACGGCAGCAUAGCC